AUGAGAAGAGCCAAGCAAAAUCGCUUCACGCAUUUGCGCAUUUGCGCUUCCCACUCUUCGCUCCAAUAUGUUUCCACCUCAAUCUCUUCUCCUUCUUCCUCUUCAUUUUCUCUGCGCAAUUUCAAAUUCCCAAACGCCGCUUCCUCCCACAAACCCCUCACGCUUCACUCCAAAGCCUCUUUCCACCCCAACACCCACGCGCCACAGCAAGAUUUAGCUUCUCACGACCCAGAUGCAAAUUCCUCAUCUUUAUCGAAGAACUGCGUUUGGGUCAAUCCCAACAGCCCCCGAGCCAAACACCUCCAAACGAAAUCACACAGCGCCAGGUACAGUUACCUCGCCAGACUCAUCGAGUCGUUGAACUCGUGCACCCCCAGCGCGCAACACGUGUCCACAAUCCUCAAGGGUCUCCGAGACAACGUUUCAGAACGCGACUCUGUGUUCAUUCUCGAUAAGAUGACCAAUCCCGACACCGCACCCUUUGUUCUCAGUCACUUCCGUUUUUCAUAUUGA